GGAGGAUCUUAGUGGCAGUUUGUAGUGGGGUUAUGACGCGUGCGCAUUGAGUACCCGGCGCAUCAUGGAGAGAAAAGUGCUGGCCCUCCAAGCUCGCAAGAAACGUACAAAAGCAAAGAAAGUGACUAAAAACAGAUCAGAACCCACCCAGCGCAAUUCUGUACGGGAGCCCGAAUGUGAUGUACCCGAGGAGGAAGAGGAGGAAAUUUUGGGCUCAGAUGAUGAUGAGCAAGAAGAUCCCAAUGAUUACUGUAAAGGUGGAUAUCACCAUGUGAAGAUCGGGGACCUGUUCAAUGGUCGUUACCAUGUGAUCAGGAAGCUGGGAUGGGGACAUUUUUCUACGGUGUGGCUGUCCUGGGAUCUACAGGGAAAGCGCUUUGUAGCAAUGAAAGUAGUGAAGAGUGCUGAGCACUACACAGAAACUGCUCUGGAUGAAAUCAAACUGCUACGAUCUGUUCGUAACACGGAUCCCAAUGACCCAAGUCGGGAAAAGGUGGUACAACUUUUAGAUGACUUCAAAAUAUCUGGUGUCAAUGGAACCCAUGUCUGUAUGGUGUUUGAGGUUCUUGGACAUCACUUAUUGAAGUGGAUCAUAAAGUCUAAUUACAAGGGACUGCCUCUAACUUGUGUGAAAACCAUAAUCAAACAGGUUUUACAAGGCCUAGACUAUCUUCACACCAAAUGUCAGAUCAUCCAUACAGAUAUUAAGCCAGAGAAUAUCCUGCUUUGUGUAAAUGAGACAUAUGUACGCAGGCUAGCUGCUGAGGCAACAGAAUGGCAACGCUCUGGGGCACCACCUCCUUCUGGCUCUGCAGUGAGUACAGCACCACCACCAAAGCCAUCCACCAAAAUGUCAAAAAAUAAGAAAAAAAAACUGAAAAAGAAACAGAAGCGUCAGGCCGAAUUGCUGGAAAGACGGGUGCAGGAAAUUGAGGAAAUGGAGCGAGAAGGGGAGAAUAUUGAUGAAAAUCAAGACGAUGACAGCCCACCUCCUCAACCAUUGGAGCUAUGGAAACAGCCUGAUGUUCAGCCUCUUCAUGGAGUGACAGAAGUGAACUGUAAUGGUGUGUCUUCUGAGACCAGUCCCACAGAUACUAGCAAUAGCCUGAGGAUUGAUGAUCCCCCGAGCUCCUCCUUAAAUCUCACUACACCUUCAAGUUUAGACAGCCCAACAGAGCAGUCUGUAACUGACCCUUCUAUGUCUGAGGAGCCGUCCCCUCUAGAACCUAACAUGCCAAGUGCAGUAGAGGCUAUGUUGUGCCAGCCAUCUGUCUGUCAAUCGCCAGGGCAAGCAGAGAGCGAGGAAAUAAGCCAACUACAAGAGAGUAUCCGAAGAGAGAUGUCUCCAUCUGAGGAAGGAGAAUCACCACAGGUGAAAUCUUCAGCUGGAGAUCUACUUCUGAACCCUCUGGAGCGUCAGAAUGCAGAGAAAUUGAAGGUUAAGAUUGCUGAUCUGGGCAACGCUUGCUGGGUGCAAAAGCACUUCACAGAGGACAUCCAGACUAGACAGUACCGCUGUUUGGAGGUACUCAUUGGAUCUGGGUACAGCACCCCAGCCGAUAUUUGGAGUACGGCGUGCAUGGCAUUUGAGCUAGCAACUGGAGAUUACCUGUUUGAACCUCAUUCUGGGGAGGAUUAUUCAAGGGAUGAAGACCACAUAGCGUUGAUCAUCGAGCUGCUGGGCCGGAUCCCUCGCAAGCUCAUUGCGGCUGGAAAGUACUCAAAGGAUUUCUUCACCAAGAAAGGGGACUUGAAGCACAUCACCAAACUGAAACCAUGGGGCCUAUUUGAGGUCCUUGUAGAGAAAUAUGAGUGGUCAGAAGAAGAUGCAUCUGGAUUUACGGACUUCCUUCAGCCUAUGUUGGAACUGGUCCCUGAAAAACGUGCAACAGCUGCCGAUUGCCUUCGCCACCCUUGGCUGGAGAUAUAAAGCAAACAUUGGGUUCUUCCAUUUAUUUUCUUCUCUCUUUUUUCCCAGUAAAUGGGUUAGGGUUGAGCCUGGACCCACAUUGACAGUUCAUCUAAUGGCUAAAUUAGUUUUGCCUCUCCUAAGCAGUAGAGAGGUGAAGAUCAUUUUAGGCUUCUCAGAAAUCCAAAUGAUUGGGAUAGGUAUGAGAGUUGGCAAAUAUGGUGGUAUUACAAUAUGAUAACAAAAGAUGCUUGUUUUUAAGAGAUAAUUUUUGUUAUAUAGAGCCUACAAAAGAAGGCAAAUACUUCUUCCUGCUCCCCCUUUUUUUUUUUUUAAUAUACACACCCAUUUCAUAGACUAUCAUUUUGAAUCCUCCUACUGACAUUUAUAACAAGCCUACCUCUUGCUCGCCCGCUCAGUAGCUGUUUGCCUGACUUUGUUUCUACCUUUUGAAUUUGACAAACAUGGAACAUUCCUUUUUGGACAAAUAUGUCUAUUGUGUCCAUGGCAAUUUAUUGGGCCAAUCUAAGGGUUAUGUGUUUGGAAAGGAAUUCUAAGAUGAACUACAUAUCUUACUGAUAUCUGGUUUAAGUUAAAUAGACGAGGCUUCUAUGAUAAUGCUCAGGAUAUUUAUAAUAUAUUAGCUCCGCAUACACCCUGGUAAUAUGAUUGUCAUGCUUGUUAUCCCAUCUUUUCUGGUUGUCACCAGAAGGUAUUCCAUAAAGUUUCAUUUUUAAGUAAUGUACCAAGGGUAGUGCAUAAAAACGUUUUAGCUGUUUCAGGCUCAAACCUUUCCCCACUUGAAAUCCCAUUAUUUAUAUCCAACUACUGUUCAGUUGAACACUCAAGGUUAUUAAACAUUCUGUUUUACUGUUCUAGACCUCAGCUUUAUUUCCUGAAUAUGCCUCAGAUAUCACUAAAACUCUCAUUUAAAAAAAUGAAAGACCUUUUACUGUUCUACAUAUUGUGACUUGGAGACAACCAAACACACCCUAUUAUUAUUCCAUACACAACAAUACUGCAAAAUUAGUUUGUUACCAAGCAGUCUGUCAUAUUAAGAAUUAAGUAUAUAUACAUCUUCAUAAGACCUGAGUAAGAGUUUUAUAAAGUGUGAUGUUUUCCCUUUUUAUUUAUUUUUUUUGUUGCCCUCAACAAAGGUUAUGAUAUACAUUCACUUUUCAAUACUAUGAUUUAUUCCUUACAAUGUGUUUUUAAAGGGACAGUAAAGUAAAAAAUUUAAAAUUUCAUGAUUCAGAUAAAGUGUGUGUCAUUUUAAACAACAAUUCUAUUAUAAAAAUCUCCUUCUCAAUCUAGGUAGGCUCAUAGGAGCCCAGGAGUUUGUACGUUUCUAGUACUUUAUAGCAGCAGUGUUUUGCAACAUUGUUUUAGCAGUUAUGCAUUGUUGCAAACACUCCUGCUAGAGAGUGUUAGGAAUACAUGCACGCUCCUGAGCCCCUCUAAACCAACCUAGAUUGACAAAUCAACAAAGUAUACUAAGUGAACAAAGCAAAUUUGAUAAUAGAAGUAAAUCAGAAAGAUGUUUUAUGAAUCAUGAAAGGCUAUUUUUGACUUUAAUAUCCCUUUUAAAUAUCUUAUUGACCAAACCUGUUGACUUUGCUUUUAGAUCCCCUUAUAUUUUCACGACAAGUGAAAUCCGAUCAAAAUCAAGAUAUUGAUCUACAUUACAGCAAAGUGAUAUAUAUCUCAUGAGCAAGCACCACUAAGUUACAUAUUUAAAUCUAUUGUUGUCAUUAAAUAUAUAUCAGUUUUAACGUAAAUGAUACCUCUCAAAACUGUUUAGCUUACUCUAUCACCCUGUCUCCAAUUCAUGGAGAACGUUCUUUUCAUUUUUUAUGUUGAUGAUCAUUUUGUUGAAAGUGUUCCAUGUCAGAUACUCUCUGUUUUCUGCAACCAUCAGUUUUUGUAAGAGAAAAUUUAAAGCACUAACGGACAGCCAAAGCUGUGGAUAAUCUUCUGGCCACAUAGUAAGACUUAAAAUAUUGCAGUUAUUGAUGUAACAAAAUGUACAGCCUAUGCAUACAAAUUUACGGCUCUUGUUCUUAUAUGUAAAUACAAUAUUUUGUCGUUUGGUUAUUGUUUACUUUGUGUGUCCUGUUGCUUAUUGUUGAUCAUUUUGGAAACGUCAUUGCACCAGAUUGUGCGGAUAGACUUGGGGAACUCUAAAGACAGUUUCUAAUAGGAAAAAGAGUUUUAUAUUUUGGACAUUGCUUUUUAUUUUUCAGUUAUUUAUUUGUAGAACACCAACAGAUUCUGCAACACUGAUUAGCAUUUUAGUUUGCCAUUAUUUCAUUGUGCAACAUAUCAUAUGUAAUUUUUUACGGUUCUUUAGUGACAAAAGUAUGUUUAGAGAUUACACAUAGUGCUGUAACGCUUUGCAAUAUGCAUUAGAACCCUAGCUUGGCAUAUUAUAUAACUUUUUUUUUUUUUUACUAUAUUUAGAUAUGGUGCUUAGUCAAUGCAGACAUAAACAAAUAAAGAGUAACUAAAAUUAUAUAUUUAACAAAAUCACCAUACAAAAUUAUUAUUGAAAAGUUAAAUUUCUACUGUCAUUUAAAAAUACUCAAAUGUUGACCAUAUAUUUUGGAAUUUCUAUUCAUAUACAAAUGUAAUUUUUUAUUAAUUUAACUAAUUUAGAGUUUCAUUCUUGCUUUGCUCAUUGUAUGACAGUGCUUUUUGCAACAAUGUUCGUUAAGUCUAGUGGCUAAUGUCCUCUAAUGUACACCCUGAUAAGCCAGUAUUAUCAGUUUGCACUUUAUUGCUGGCAGAAGGGGAUUUUUUGAUAAUUAACAUACGUGAUGAUCUAAUGCGGAGGGGGGGUACGACAAACAAAAAACCUAAUUUAAGAAACUGGAAAACUGAUGGUCUUAACAGACUUGGGAUGAUGUAAUAACAUUGUGCCGUUUAGAAUUUUAAGCAUACAUGUCAAUUGGGAGCAUAGUUUAUAAAUGGUAGCACAGAAUAUUUGUUAAACAACUUUUCCUUGUUACAUCUUCUCUGUUUUAACCUCCCUGUCAUAUUUCUUUGCAGAUAUUUUGGAAAGUCAAAUUAUACCUUGUUUUUAUUAUUUUAGGGGGUUGUUUGUCAUGUUAAUCUGUAAAUGCAGUUAAAUAAAGUAAUUAUUUUAUACUUU